AUGGGGCGUCUCACCACUGUAUUCUCGGCCGUCUUUUUGGCCAUAGGAGGUUUCCUCUUUGGCUAUGACUCCGGUAUCAUCACGUCCACGAUCGCGCUUGACACGUUCAAGGAGUAUUUCAGCGACCCAUCAGAUACCGUCACUGGCGGCAUCGUGUCGGCCUUCCAAGGAGGCGCGAUUCUUGGCACCAUCAUAAACAUGAUGUUCGCGAACUGGAUGGGUCGUCGAAACACCAUCUUCGUCGGUUCUGUCGUGUCGUGCAUCGGCUCCGCGCUGCAGGCAGGCUCCGUGAACAUGACGAUGCUCAUCAUCGGCCGCUUCCUGGGAGGCGCAGCCGUAGGCCAGCUUACCUCGACGAUUCCGAUGUACGCCUCCGAGUUGUCCGAGGCGAGGUACCGCGGUGUCCUCUCCGGACUGCUGCAGUGGAUGUUGAGUUGGGGUUUCUUCGUCGCCCAGUGGCUGGGAUACGGCUGCUCCUUCAACCACACCGCGUUCUCUUGGAGAUUCCCCCUUGCCUUCCAAUGCGUCCCCGGCAUCAUUCUCAUCUCCGGCGUAUACUUCUUGCAAGAAUCGCCUCGAUGGCUCAUGGAGAGAGAUCGCCAUGAAGAAGCCCGCGCAUCCCUGAACAAACUCCGAAGCGGCCUCGACGAAGAGACAAUUGACCUUGAGUUCCGCGAGAUCCGCGACGUCAUUCUUGCUGAUAGAGCUGUUGGUGAUGUAUCGUGGAAGUCCAUCAUCACAAAGGCGUCCUGGCGCAAGCGUCUUCUCUUGGGCUGUGGAAUCCAAGCUUUCGGGCCCCUCAGUGGAAUCAACGUUAUCAAUUACUACGGCCCCCGCAUCUACGAGAUCCUCGGCAUCAAAACUCAAGAAUCCCUGAUGAUCAUCGGCAUCAGCGGUGCCCUUUCGAUCGUUUACUGCACCAUCGGCCUGUGGCUCCUCGACCGCGUCGGCAGAGUCAAGCCGCUGAUCGUCUCCGCCGCCGGCCUUGGCGCGUCCCUCCUGGUCAACGCCGUACAAGCCCAAUACAUCAACGAGAACAACACGAACCAGCUCCGCAGCAUGGUCGCCAUGAACUUCGUCUUCAACAUGUUCUACACCCCGCUCGGCAUCAUCAGCUGGGUCUACCCGGCCGAGAUCUUCCCCGUCGAGGUCAGAGCGCUCGGAAACGCCAUCACGACCUUCACCAACUGGACCGUCAACCUCGUCUUUGCCCAGUUCUCGCCGCAGGCCCUCACCUCCAUCGGCUUCAGGUACUUUUACGUGUUCUUCGUCUUCAACCUGAUUGCCAUGCUGUGCUACAUCUUCUUCUUCCCCGAGACGAAGGGUAGAACUCUGGAGCAGAUGGACGAGCUGUUCGGUGACCAGCUUGUGCCCCACGCCAUGCAGGAUUCGGAGGGUGCUGCUGCUGCUGUGUCUAAGGACGAGAAGUUGGUGGAGCAGCUUGAUCGUGUUUGA